AUGGGGUGGGCAUGAGAGAGAGAGCCAGGACGCGGGGCUCCAGAGCGAAGGAGAAGAAGCCACUGCCAGUCCCCCACCUCAGCCGCCCAGGUUGGGGGGCUGCUCAGGUCUGCUCUAUGGACUAGGGUGGGCGGCAGGCUCCUUUCUGUCUCUGCCCUGCUGCCUGCUCUCUUCCCUCCCCUCCUUGGAGAGCCCCUGCAUCCCUCCCCCAAGGUGGAAUACGCGGGCUUGAGGCUCCCGGGGGAGAGCGAUCGGGGCCCGGCGCUGCCCGCGCCACACCAUGACCCUCCUGCUGUUGUUCCUCUUGCUCGGCUCCCUGCUCCCCUCCAGCUCCUGCAACAAAGCCAACAAGCACAAGCCAUGGAUCGAGGCGGAAUACCAGGGCAUCGUCAUGGAGAACGACAACACUGUUCUGCUGAACCCGCCGCUCUUUGCUUUGGACAAGGACGCCCCCCUGCGCUACGCAGGCGAGAUCUGUGGCUUCCGGCUCCAUGGGUCUGGGGUGCCCUUUGAGGCUGUGAUCCUGGACAAGGCGACAGGAGAAGGGCUGAUCCGGGCUAAGGAACCCGUGGACUGCGAGGCCCAGAAGGAACACACCUUCACCAUCCAGGCCUAUGACUGCGGCGAGGGCCCCGACGGGGCCAACACCAAGAAGUCCCACAAGGCCACCGUGCACGUGCGGGUCAAUGACGUGAAUGAGUUUGCCCCAGUGUUUGUGGAGCGGCUGUACCGCGCGGCCGUGACCGAGGGGAAGCUGUAUGACCGCAUCCUGCGGGUGGAGGCCAUCGAUGGCGACUGCUCCCCCCAGUACAGCCAGAUCUGCUACUACGAGAUUCUCACGCCCAACACCCCCUUCCUCAUCGACAACGAUGGGAACAUUGAGAACACGGAGAAGCUGCAGUACAGUGGCGAGAAGCUCUACAAGUUUACGGUGACGGCUUAUGACUGCGGGAAGAAGCGGGCGGUGGAUGACGCUGAGGUGGAGAUCCAGGUGAAGCCCACCUGUAAACCCAGCUGGCAAGGCUGGAACAAAAGGAUUGAAUAUGCACCAGGCGCUGGGAGCUUGGCUUUGUUCCCUGGUAUCCGCCUGGAGACCUGUGAUGAACCUCUCUGGAACAUUCAGGCCACCAUAGAGCUGCAGACCAACCAUGUGGCCAAGGGCUGUGACCGUGACAACUACUCAGAGCGGGCACUGCGGAAACUCUGUGGCGCAGCCCCUGGGGAGGUGGAUCUGCUGCCCAUGCCCGGCCCCAAUGCCAACUGGACGGCGGGCCUCUCGGUGCACUACAGCCAGGACAGCAGCCUUAUCUACUGGUUCAACGGCACCCAAGCUGUGCAGGUGCCACUGGGUGGCACCGCUGGGCUGGGCUCCGGGCCCCAGGACAGCCUCAGUGACCAUUUUACCCUGUCCUUGUGGAUGAAGCACGGUGUAACCCCCAGCAAGGGCAAGAAGGAAGAGGAAACCAUCGUGUGUAACACUGUCCCAAACGAGGACGGCUUCUCUCACUACUCACUGGCCGUCCACGGCUGCAGAAUUGCCUUCCUCUACUGGCCUCUGCUGGAGAGUGCCCGGCCAGUCAAGUUCCUCUGGAAGCUGGAGCAGGUCUGCGAUGAUGAGUGGCACCACUAUGCUUUGAACCUCGAGUUCCCCACGGUCACACUCUAUACCGAUGGCAUCUCUUUCGACCCUGCCCUCAUCCACGACAAUGGUCUCAUCCACCCGCCCCGAAGGGAGCCUGCGCUCAUGAUUGGGGCCUGCUGGACUGAGGAGAAGAACAAAGAGAAGGAAAAGGGAGGCGACAACAGUACGGACGCCACAGCAGGAGAUCCCUUGCCGAUCCACCACUACUUCCACGGCUACCUGGCUGGUUUCAGCGUGCGCUCAGGUCGCUUGGAGAGCCGGGAGGUCAUCGAGUGCCUCUAUGCAUGUCGGGAGGGGCUGGACUAUAGGGAUUUCGAGAGCCUGGGCAAAGGCAUGAAGGUCCACGUGAACCCCUCGCAGUCCCUGCUCACCCUGGAGGGGGAUGAUGUGGAGACCUUCAACCAUGCCCUGCAGCAUGUGGCUUACAUGAACACUCUGCGCUUUGCCACGCCCGGCGUCAGACCCCUGCGCCUCACUACUGCCGUCAAGUGCUUCAGCGAAGAAUCCUGUGUCUCCAUCCCCGACGUGGAGGGCUACGUGGUGGUGCUCCAGCCUGAUGCCCCUCAGAUCCUGCUGAGUGGCACUGCUCAUUUUGCCCUCCCAGCUGUGGACUUCGAGGGACCCGAGGGGGUCCCUUUGUUCCCUGAUCUUCAAAUCACUUGCUCCAUUUCUCACCAAGUGGAGGCCAAAAAGGACGAGAGUUGGCAGGGCACAGUGACAGACACACGCAUGUCGGAUGAGAUCGUGCACAACCUGGAUGGCUGUGAGAUUUCUCUGGUGGGGGAUGACCUGGACCCCGAGCGGGAAAGCCUGCUCUUGGACGUGGCGUCCUUGCAGCAGCGAGGCUUGGAGCUCACCAACACGUCUGCCUACCUCACCAUUGCCGGGGUGGAGGGCAUCACUGUGUAUGAAGAGAUCCUGAGGCUGGCUCGUUACCGGCUGCGACGCGGGGCUGCCCUCUAUGCCAGGAAGUUCCGGCUUUCCUGCUCAGAAAUGAAUGGGCGUUACUCCAGCAAUGAAUUCGUCGUGGAGGUCAGUGUCCUGCACAGCGUGAACCGGGUCACUCACCCCAGCCACAUGCUCAGCUCCCAGCAGUUCCUGCACCGAGGUCACCAGCCCCCGCCUGAGAUGGCUGGACACAGUCUGGCCAGCUCCCACCGGAACUCCAAUCAUUCACUUUGCCUAGUGGAGAGUCCGAGCCUUGGGUCAUCACAGGGGCACUCAUGCCUGGGAUCAUGGUCAGUGUGGGUUUAGCCUUUGUUGUUCCUGCUGCCCUCCCCCAACAAUAUCAAGUUAGCCCUGGACCUAGGGAUCCUCAAUAGUGAAGCUACCAAGUAUGUAUUAAGCACCUACUGUGUACUAGCACUGUCCACAAUACAAUUAAGAAUACAAAAUUUAUAGGAUAGAUACAGUUCCUAUCCUCAAGGAGAAAGUUGGUGCUAUUGCCUGUGUAAUUAUGUGCUAUCUAUAAAGUCAUAAGACUGUUUCUAAAACAAAAUAUGCAAACAUGCCAAGUAUUACAUCCAGCUGGAGCGCUGCCCUUCAAAGCAAUCUCAUUCCCUGGCCACGAUUGUUUACUAGUGAUGCAAUUUUUAAUUCACAAUUUAAGAGUUACUUAAUUAUAGAAAAACUAGAAACUAUAAGUAUAAAGAAGAAAAGUCAGCCAUAAUUCCACCACAAUUGGCCAUUGUUAAUAUGGUGUUAUUAUUAUGUGCCAACUUUUGUCUGUGCCUGUUUUUUUUUUUCUUUUAACAAACUUGGGAUCAAACUAUUUUGUAACCUAAUAUUUACACCUAACAUUAUAAAAUGAGUCUUCUCCCCCAUUGUUAAAAACUGCAAUGAUUCUGAUGUUGCUAGAAGUGAUUUUUGGAAUCCCUUUUGAGAAUUGCUUUCAAAGUCAAUUUAUGAGAUACAUUUAUUUUUGUUCCUUUUGGUACACACCUUGCCUUUGGCCCAGUUCAGUAUUACCCAACUUCAGCAUCCACUUUUGUCAGAGUUGGCUCUGGAUAGCAUUCUGUGUUUGUAAACAUAAAACCAACUCUCAAAGGGCAAAGAUUUGUCACUUUUUUAAAAAGUCAAAAGGCGUAUCUCAGCCUCUGAAGGCAAUUCCCUAAAGAGUUCCAAAAAUGCUUUCUUGGGAGGUCAUGGUCACUGAACCCUACCCUGAAAGGACAGCUCGCACAUCAACCAUGUAAUUGAAAGAAUAAUGAACACAUCGGUGUGCCAGGCACCCUGCCUGUGGGCUUUACACCUAUUAACCCAGUGAAUCAUUACAGACAACAGAUGGAAUAGGUACUAGAAUUAUCCCCUCUAAAGGCAAAGAAAUGGAAGCCCAGAGAGGUUAAGUACCUUAUCCAAGGUCACACAGCUAAAACACGGUGGAGCCAGGAUUCGAAUCCAGGCAGCAGGAUUCCAGAGCCCGUGCUCUAACCAUCACCCUCUAUACCCUGUCCAUUUAUGUUUGAUGCUUUAAAAAAAAAAAGUCUCGUUACUUUAUAGUUGCACCUAAUUUGGGGGAGCUCCUUAGGGCUUCCCAGUACGUCUUUGACCUAGGCUAGCUCCCUGGUACCCCCGGAAUUCAGUCUGUUUUCCUCUCCUUGGGCAGUGGCCACCACUGCACUGUCUCUUGUGUUUCCCUUUCCCUGGGACUGGCUCCCUUCAUCCUUGCUCUUUCUGAAAACAACUGCAGACGCCUUUUUAAGUGUUCUUCCUGUGAUUCCUACAGCAAAGCAGAUGGAAGUAGGUGUGAGGAGGGAGUAUAAGGCGUAACCAAGUUGCAAAGGUUCUAGGAAGCUUCACACAAUCUUUAGAGGUGUGUGCGUGAACUAAACCUGUUUUUGUUAAAUAGACUUUUGGGGCCAUAACUCCCUAGCUCUUCCUCCAGUUCUUUCACUGGGAAUCAUCCCACCCAGCCUCUUCGGGGCUGGAUACUGGGUUCUGCCACUCAGAUUAGGCUCAAGGCGCGUCCAGGUUGGCAUUGCUGCUGGGCUCGGUAAGACUCUCACCCUUGUUUUCUCUGCUUGCUCUGAGAUCCCAACUGCAGCCUGCUUUUGCCUUUUCCCCUGAUUUUGGCCUGAGUAGGACACAGGGUUCAUAGUUCACCUGAGGGCCCUGGUGAUUGACAUCUCCUGAGCUUAUCAGGAGAUCCACUUCAUCAAACCUGUUCUAUGUGCCCUUCCUGACACUUCAAGGUGUUCUCUCCCUUUCCCCUCCCUCCCAGCCCCAAGAGUGGAAUUACAGGAUUGUGGUUUUGCAAUUUCAAAUUACUCUGACCAUGCAAAAGAGUAAGAGAUAGAAUUCCCUCCAACGAGACAGGGGCUUCAUUUCUCUGAAGCUCCCAAGUGCAUGAGGAAAGAGAGAUCAGUGUGAACCAGGACAGUCAGCUGGGGAAGGUCCGGUGGUACAUUCAGACCUUGAGCUUGGACCUUGAAGGGUAGAAGGGUAGAUGGACGUGGGGGAGAAUGAGAGUUUGAGAACUGAGGGUGGGUGGG